AUGAAGGGGUUUCUUGACCCUCACACACACACACACACGCACACACUAACAACCGUUGCUCCGGAAAGCGGAGCCAAGAAAGCGCAGUCAACUACUGCUACACAUUUGUUCGGUCCAAGUAUUAUAAAAAAGAGUCGACUAAACCUGACUUCGUUUUCAGCACCGCAUUUGGUAUCUCUCGAUCUUACUCGGUCUCCAUCAACCCAGUCCUGUACUUCCCAUAUCGUACAGUAUUGUGUCUGUCACCAUACAAUGCUCAAGCUCAAGAAUAUCUUCGCUAAAACCGAAGAUCGGCCAACUCCGCCAGAGGUUUACAAUUGGCGUAUCUAUGGUACAGCACUAGUAGCAUCCACGGCCAGUGUGCUCAUUGGAUACGACACCGGGUUCGUCGGCGCAUCUUUCACGAACAAGCACUUUCUCGCCAAUUUCGGCCUUACGCCCAAUACGUCGCACACAGACGACACUGUGUCGAACCUGAUCUCGUGUUUCCAUGCAGCAGCGUUUUUUGGCGCUCUUCUAUCAUAUCCACUGGCUCACUACUAUGGCCGUAAAGUAGCGCUCAUAGUAGCUGCUGGAAUCGCUACUAUUGGCGCAGCCGUUAUGCUGGGCGGUGUCACGGGCCAUCUGGCGCCCAUCUACAUCGGCCGAGUGUUCACGGGGCUCACCGUGGGCGCUGCCACUAAUUUGACCGUGGUUUAUCUCAGCGAAGUGUCACCUGCUCCCAUCCGUGGCCAGAUCAUCGCCGCUUUCGAAAUUGGCUGGCGUGUAGGCGAUCUGGUAGGCUUCUGGAUUAAUUACGGUAUUAGCCAGCACGUAGCGCCGGGUAACAAACAGUGGAUUAUCCCCGUCGGCGUGCAACUGAUCCCCGCCGGCCUUUUUUUCGCCGGUUCGUUCGUGAUGCUCGAGUCUCCACGUUGGCUGUUCCAGGUCAACCGCGACGAAGAGGCGAUUCGUAACCUGUGCUUCUUACGUAAUCUGCCUGUGGACAAUGGCUACAUGGUAUGGGAAAUCAACUCGAUCCGGGACUCGGUCGAGAUGCAAAACGCCCAGAUCGGGCCCGGUCUGCUGGACCCGGCCAGGGAAGUGUUUGUGCGUAACCGCAAAUACGCCCGCAGACUGGCGAUCAGCGCAUGCAUGCUGGUGAUCCCGAACUUCAUGGGCAUCCAGUCCAUCAACUAUUACUCGCCCAAGAUCUUCGCCAACAUCGGCGUCCAGGGCACCAACGCCACGCUGUUCUCGUCCGGGAUGUUUGGCGUGGUCAAGUUCAUCUGCACGUUUAUCUACAUUCUGUUCAUCGUGGACAAUUUCGGAAGACGUAAGGCGUUCAUGAUCUCUGCGUUUUCGUGCUCGCUGUGUUUCUGGUAUCUGGGAGCGUACUUGAAGAUCAACGAUCCUACAAAACCCGGAAACGUGGCCGGGCCUGGAGGCACGGCUGCCAUUGCAUUCAUGUUUUUAUGGACCGCGUCGUUCAUUCUGGCAUGGUCGGGCGGGCCCUUCGUGUGGAGCUCCGAGGUCUUCGAGCAGAACAUCCGCACGUUCGUGCAGGCCAUUAACGCCGCGAUGUCGUGGGUGCCUAUCUUCAUUAUGACCCGGCUCACGUCCACAAUGAUAGACAAGAUGCAGUACGGGAUCUUCUUUUUCUUCGCUGGCGUGGCAACGGUGGCGAUCCCGUUUGUGUUCUUUCUGGUGCCGGAAACCAAGGGAAUUGCGCUCGAAGAUAUGGACCACUUGUUCACCAAGGGUGUUCCUGCGUACCGUGCGCACCAACGGGUCAUGGAAAAGGCGUCUCAGACGGCGGUGCUGGAGGAACAGGGCUCUCUGCGGUCUGGCGACGAGAUCGACAACGAUGGCUCCAAGAAGCCAGAGACCAAAUACAUCGAGAACGCCACGUCGCGGGUCUAA